AUGCUGAAUCUCAUCCUCCAAGUGGUCAGCCUGGGCGGACUGUUGAGCUUCUCGGUCUAUGGAAGAGUCAACUUGGCCGUGACGGUGUUGCUUUUGUACUACACCAAUGAGCGAUCUGUGCUGCAUCGCGAGAUUACCGAGAUGAUCUUUUGGGCGUGCAUGUACGGAUGGUUCGGCUUCAUUUUUAUCGGCCUGCACGACUCCCCGCUGUUGCAGCUGGGCGAGAUCAAGUCCGUCUUCGGCAACCUGGCGGACGUCAUAAUCGUGCUGGUCUUCAGUCUGUUCGGCAUUUGGGCGCACACCUCCGCGCAGACGGAGCGUCUCGCAUCGUCCAUCCAGGAGCUGGACCUCCAGAUGCUGGUGGAGAAGCCCUAUGGAGAGACGGGUGCCGCGAGAUUCACAGUCUACUGCAUCCAGAAUCUGAUCAGCCAAAGGAGCACGUCCUCCGGACAGCUCCAGCGCCUGGCAGGCCGUCUGCAGGAGGUCCUCACCGGGCGAAUGCAUUGGCUGGAAGAGGAGGUGCUUCAGGCUCUCGAGGCCUGCUGCCAUCGGACGGAUCCAAAGGACCCGCCCGAAGACCUACUCUACGUGCUAAACUGCUCGGAAGUGGACUUGCCACAGUUCUUGGCGCUAGCAGGAAGCGAGGCCAUCCUCAAGAUCUUGCGCGACAACAUCCGACACAUGGACACGGUUACCAAGACGCGAUUGGUGGAUGCCCUGCAGCGGCAGCACGACUUCUACGUCAUGCGCUUGCAGCAGGAGGUGGUGGUUGAACUCCUGGAGUCCACCACCGGUGAUGAGCUGCGCAUGAUGAAGGAUGUCUUAGACGAGGGUGGGGACUUCUACAACCUGCACAAGCUCGUUUUUCACGAUCUCGAUCCGGAGAUGUACCAGCGGGCCCUGAGCCAUAUCCAGAAGGAGGGCAGGCGCAUGGCUGGCCAGUACGAGCCACACAAGGCUCCAAUCAAGAUCAUCAGCGAUGUGGACGACACACUCUAUGGAAGUGGCGGCCACUUCCCUGCCGGUUGCGACGAGCGCUUUCCGAAGAGCCAGGUCUACCCCGGGGUCCUCGCGCUUUUUAAAGAGAUCACGGCCGAGCGAGCCAUGAAGCAGAAGGAGAAGGCUCCGAAGGGAGAGGAGGAUGAGAAUGAACAGCCAAGCUUCAGUGUGCUGCGGCUGCUGGGCUAUCGGGUGCAUAACAACACCAAUCCAGUGUGGAUUCGCGUCCCCGGCCGUCAGUGGAAGGACGUGACGAGCCAUGAGAAGCUUCUAACACCCCAGAAGCCCUAA